CGGUACCCGGCUAUGUCGGCGUCAGCAUCGGUUUUCGUAGCGGCUGAUGCCCUUAAUAACUUGGUGAAAAGUAUAGGCACUGAGGUUUCGUUGCUUUUCGCUCGGUCGACUAAAUGUGAUAAUCAACCUUACUACAAUGUAGCCAUAAACCGAGAUUCCAGAAUAUGUAUCGUUAACGACGUCUUUUGUUCAGUUCCAGCAAUCAAAGAAAACAUUUAUGUCAUUUUAACUAGCUUGGAAUAUUUAAAGAAUAAUGGGCGUCAGAGAUGUUGUGCCACUUUAUAUCAUAAUAAUGAGAGGCAUUUGACCUUCAAGGUGGUUGGCAGUGAAUGCGGCAAGGAGAAAACGGACAGUAUAAAUUCAUGUAUAAUCAACUUUGAAAAACAUGAGAAAUACACAUGCAAAACAAACACCAAUUACAAUCAUGUGCGCAAUAAUCAUAACGAGACGUAAGGUAAUGUUUAGCAAGGCUAUGAAAAUGCAGAUAAACAAACAAACUUACAAAUAGUAGAACACAAAAAAAGAUUAAUGAAUAACCUUAUGAAUUUUUCACGCUGUCAUCUUCAGCUUUAAUUUGCCAAAAGAGAAAUAACUUUAGCAACAUCUCCAUAUCAAAUAUAUAUACUAGUGCAAAUUUUACCUCCGCGUUAUUACUUGAUCACACAGUCUCCUAUUGACUUCAUUGCCACUAUCGUUCAACUGUUAAAUAUACAUGCAGAAUACAACAUUCAAACUGCUCAAUCUACCAAUAGAGUUGAUAAUCAAAAUAAUAGAAAAAUGCCAGCAUAACGACAGACUUUCGUUACUAUCAACCUGUCAUCAACUUCGAGACUUAGAUAAGAAAUAUAUCUUCGAAUUUUUGAAAAGCCCUGAGGUGAAUAUAUACACAGAAGAUGAUGAAGAAGGGUACGAAUUGUAUUCUCUUACUGAACAGACCUUGCGUAAUAGUAUUUCUAUGCUCAGAAUUAUACCACAUCAGUACGUAAAAUCACUCAAGGUAGCAUCUUAUUGUGAUGCCAUGACAUCACGAGAAGACUUACGCAAGUUGUCCGAUAGAUUGACAAAAUACGUAUCUAAGAUUGGCAAAAACUUAGAAACAUUUUCUUAUGUCAACUCAUUCUACAAUGAAUACAUAGAUAGAACGCAGUUUCAUUUUGAUAGACUAAAGAAACUAUCGAUGGGCAUCUUGCUUGAUAGUAAUGCUUUCGAGAAUUGGCUUUCAAAUGCACCACAAUUGGAAGAACUUUACCUCUACUGCAUUGGGGGGUGGUUUGAUGGGUCAAGUACUCAUGACGAGGUAUACCGCAAGGCUAUUGAAAAACUCGUUCAAGAGCGCAGCCAAUUUUUCUUGAGGAUAUCCAGCAUCGUGUAUCGUCCUGGCAGAUUAGUGUGUGAUGCAAUUGAGUACAAUUACAUAACGAAUUCUGUUGCUAAAACUUCAGACUUCGAAGAUCUCUUGCAGCAUGCUAAAUCCUACGAUAUUAAAGAGUAUGAUUUGAGUAAGGGUCAGCUAAAAUUGGUCAAAAGCUAUAGCAGAAAUUCGUGAAAUGAUAGAUGUUACUAUCAUGAUGUGGGCACCUUAGAAUUUCAUGGCUAACGAUAUUUUUGUCAUAUAAUAAAUUACACUCUUUGUUAUUGGUUGUAAAGUAUAAAUACGCUGUGCAAUGAUAAAGUCAGAUAAUGUAUUUGUACGAGGUUAUCUCCUUAUACAGCCUUCAUUGUCAUGAUGUUUCUCUUUUGUCUCUUAGUGGUUCCGCGCCUUAGCAUUAUUCUUGUCCUUGAUGUUCCUCGUUACUUCUAUCCUUGCACUAAAUGGCGCGGUAUGUACAGUUCUGUAUCCUUAUUCUGACGCCUUUUGCAUGAUUUUUAAAAUAAAUUGUGCCUUGUGGCUUAAAUUAAGUAGUAUUAUGAUUUAUUUAUUACUCAUAUGAUUUAUUAUUAUGCCUUGUGACUUAUACCAAGCAAUAUUAUGUCUUGUGACUUAUGGAUCUUACCUCCGAAGCUGCAUACUCUGUAACAGUAUAAAUAACUCACCUAUUUAUCACUCUUCCACAAAGACCAUGAAAUUAAACUUCAUCAAUACCAUUUUAGUAGCAACCGUAGUAGGAACUGCAUUCGAGUUUGUUCAAGCAGCAGGUAUAGCAGCCUGUACCAAAAAUAAAGAUGGUACUGGUCCUUACGACGCUGACUCAACAGAGUAUUGUUGUUUCAAUGUACACGGACUGUAUGGUGGAGCUGCUUACAGUGAAAAGUAUGGAGACUGUAGAACAGGCGUUGUAAACGGUAAUAAUGUAGAUCAAGGACGUAUGACUGAAUGCUGUUCAAAUGAAGGUAAAGGCAGUGUAGCACAAUAAUUUCAAUGAGUUGGGUUUGAUAUGCCAUCAAAAUAGGACGGAAAAUGAUCAAAUUACAAAAAAAAUGACCCUAUCGGCUGUAUUUUCAACUUAAUCAAGUGCGCAUUUAUUCUUUCUUGGCAUCGUGUAUUUCUAUAGCAUUAGCGAUAUAUGUUCCAGAAAUUUUAAACCAAAAAUCAGUUAUUUGUUAUUUCGAAGCUAAACGUAGAAUGCCAUAUUCAUUUAUCAACUGACUUUAGAUUUUUCAUUUUCGAAAUGACGUAAUUGUGACGAUGUAUGCUACACUAGAAUUCUAACCGAAAUUUAAACAAUAAUAACAAGGUGAUGAUAAUUCCAGUGGAAUUGGUUGGAAGCUCUUCUUGAUUAUUGUCGCAAAAUACCAUGUUGAAACCCAGAAAUUGGGCCUGAAUAUUAAGUGACAACCGUGGAUGAGACACGGAUGUAUUUCACCAAUCCAAGAGAUAUAAGAAUAAAUUAGAGUUACGAUCAGAGACAAGACGAGAAUUACUCAGCCCACGAACAUAUACAGAUAGACAUGAGCGCUGUCAACUGAGUUCGCUUAAAUAGUAAAA